GCGAGGCGAUUUUCGGGAGGGUAUAAAAGCGGAGCACACAGCUCACAAGUCCAACACACCAAUUCGUGGAGCUUUCGCAGUUAAAUCUUUUGCAAGAUCUUGUACAAAAUUCACCCAAACGUAGAGCAACAAAUGUGUCAAUGAAGACACCGGACUCCAAAGCGAAGCUACUUGAUAAUAUUAGUCUCUCUAAACAUCUGUCUUCUAAGAAGGGCGGCUCUCGCACUAGCAACUGCGGCAAUUGUCUGGAAUUCUCGGUGCUCACGCGGCUAUCCAGUGUGCCCUGAAUCCCCCACACAAGCCCGGCUCCAUCCAGCUCCA